CCCAUGAUAGGGGACUGCAGUGGGAACCGAUUGCUGUGGAAAUGUUCAUCAACGGAACGUAAAUAAAGUAACAUCACUCAGUGGAACCGCUACAUUCAACCAGGCUCAAAAGUGGUUGUUGUUUACUAUCAGGUGAGUUGCAAUAUCUAAUUGCCUCUGUAACUAAAUGUAAUAGUGUAAAUCUGAGCGACAUGACGACCUAGGGCAGUGGUUCCCAACCAGGGGGGGUACUUGGCCUAUCCACAGGGGGUACUUGAGAAGACUCAUGAGACCAUAGGCCUACUGGUCAAAUGCACAUAAGGGGGUACUUCAGGGGUACUCCGGGCAAAGCAAAAUUUAGUUGGUGGUACAGUAACGGGAAAAGGUUAUGAACCACUGACCUAGGGGAUCUACAGUAGCUAGCUAAGGUUAGGUGUAGGCAGCUAAAUUUGCACGAGUAGGAGGAAGACCUCGCCGUACAGUUCACACGAGUAGGAGGAAUACUUUGCCGUACAGUUCACAACAAAGCUAGCUAGCUAAGUAACGUUAUAGCUAAUAUUGAUGUUUUCUCGAUCUGAUCUAUUCUAUGAGCUAGGCCUAGUUGUAAUUUGUCUUAGUUUAGUUUGUAAACUAGUUAUGUGUGGAAAAGUUAGUACCAUGAGAGCCUUUUUUCACUGCAAUGUUUAGCUAGCUAAUAAAUCCACAAUUGUGUAUGGAUAUUAUAGUCACCACACCAGUUAAUGUAAUAACAGAUAACUAGUAACUAGCUAGUAUACUGAAAAUAGUAUAAUAUAAGGGACUAGUGCCAUCAACUCUCAACUGUCACAUUAUUCUGUACAUGCCUGUCUCCAGUGUUUUAGGGUGUGUGGCCAUGCCUCGGUCUAGGAGGACUAAGUUGGAGCCCUGGAUAGAGCAGAUCAUCCUGAGUUACGGCACAGAGCCAAAGGAGGAGAAGAAGAACACUCUGAUGAAAGCGCAUGUUGUGGGGGUAAUGAGGCAUCUAUUACAUACACUUCAUGCUAGGCCUGUGUUCCAAGUUUAGAAGCUAUCUGACUGUACAGUGGUGUGUGUGUGUGUGUGUGUGUGUGUGUGUGUGUGUGUGUGUGUGUGUGUGUGUGUGUGUGUGUGUGUGUGUGUGUGUGUGUGUGUGUGUGUGUGUGUGUGUGUGUGUGUGCGCACACAAGAGAGAGUUUAUUUUGCUCACACCUUUCUGUCUCUCUCUAUAGGUCGGGCGGAUGUCAGAGUCCCAGGCCCGGCAGACUGAGGGUUUGACAACGUUACUGUACCUCUCUGAUGGAGUGGUGCACAUCCCCGCCAUACUGACCCAGGACGCCUGGGAGACUCUUCAGGAGUGAGUAAACAUUUAGGACAAGCCAAGAGGCCUAUGAGAUCAUAUUAAAUGACAUGUAUAUCUAAAACCCAUCUAUAAACCAUAUAUUGUUAAGCCCAGUACAAAUCUAACAGCCAACAAAGGAGAAACAAGACGAGACAAAACCUAUUAAGAAAAUGAAGCCAUACAGUAAAUGGUGAUGCAUUUCAAUCUAUCUGUAUCCUCUGGCAGGCAGGAGGACCGUGAGUGCUUCUCCAGUCUCAUCAAUUGCUCAAUGUGUGUGUAUUCAUACACCCUACAGUUCAACAUGGCCCCUGAACAGGUGUGUGUGAAUGAUCCUAUGAUACUGGUACUAGUAGUCCUUUGGUCUUGGAGAGACAGCUCCUGUUCUUUAUUCUUUACCAUUCAUAUUUUACUAUAAAUGUGUCCUCAUCUCCUCAGACAAAGAGCCAGUUUUACUUAUCGGUUGGUGAGCUGACCACCACAUCAGCUGGGGCUGCUAAAGACAACACCCCUUGCUGGUGAGAGACGCACCUCCUGGCCUCUAGAUCCAGACACCAACACAUACACACCACAGGAGGUUGGUUGCACCUUAAUUGGGGAGAACAGGCUCGUUCUAAUGACUGGAGCAGAUUGAGUGAAAUGGGAACUAAUACAUCAAACACAUGGUUUCCAGGUGUUUGAUCCAUUCCAUUUGCUCCGUUCCGGCCAUUAUUAUGAGCCGUUCUCCCCUCAGCAGCCUCCUGUGAUACACACAUUAAAUCUAGUGACUCUCCAACUGGCUUUUGUUUCAGCACAUCGCUCAACUCAGUCAGACAACAGAUCUGUACAACAUGGAGGUGAGCAUGGGGUGUGUGUAAGUGUCUGUGUUUGCAAAAAAAUUUUUGUGCAUAUAAUGCAUGCGUACAUUACUUUAUAAAUUGUAGUUGUUGAUCAUGUGUUUUCUUUUAUCCCCAGAUCCCUGCUUGCACAGGAUUCUGUCCAUACUCAGAACACCCAGUCUGGUACAGCACUCUUUACACUCUGCACACCAUUGCUGAUUUGUAUCCUUAUUGUUUGCCACACCUGUGUAUAUGACUGUGUUUCCUGUCUCCUAGAGUUCAGUCUGUCAGAGCUGCUGGGGGAGUGGCAGCAUGACUGGCGCCAGUCUCUGUUGGAGGAUGUGAUGGAACUCCUGAGGACGCCCACAAAUCCCCCCUCCCCACAGCCCUCCACCUCCAAUGCCCUCACACACACUGGCACCAGAUGGGCUAUUGAAAGGGUCAGAUAUAAGGUGUGUGUGUGUGUGUGACCAACCUAUUACAUGUAAGAAAACAGUAGGAAAUCUGCAACUUUACAAGAAGGUUGUUGUUUUUUCCUAGAGGGAGGAUACUUUCAAUGUCCCUGUGUCUCACCUACACAUCCCAGACAAUCUGAGUCAGAAACUACACACACCCUCAGGUAACACUUGAGGGUGUCUCACCCUCUCUCUCACACCUGAAAAUCACCUACACCUGUUCUGUCUUUCUGAGCUGACCGUUGUGUUUUAUUUAGAAGACAACAGUGAAACACAGAGUGGACUGGUCCCUCCAUCUGAAGACAGACCGACAGACCCACCAGAGACAGAUCAACCAAUUGUUGCUGCUGACAGCAGUCAGACCGACAGGCCAGUACCUCUGGAGAGAAGACAUCCUGCCCAUGAGCCCACACAUUCUCGUGUGUUAUGUUUGUUAACUGGUCCAUGCUGUAAAUUAAGUAUUUGCUAUCAGUUACUGCUACCUGAAGUAUGCUGCUAGCAUAAUAGAGCCCAAGUGUGACAGUGUGUGUACAAAUAUCUAUAUUUUUCUCUCCCUCUCUCUAGAGGAGAGUAUGGAUGGAGAGGUGGUGUCAGGGGUGACUGGAGGAGCAGUGGCGAGCCCAUGGGACAUGUUUGCUCCAGCAGCUGAGCUGCUCAGGACCUCCUCUGCAUCUGACGGUGUGCUCCUUUCAUUUUAACUUUUUCAAUCUAUCAACCUCUACGCACACACCACACCAUGCACAUUUGUCUUUGCGCCGUAGUACAGAUAUUCUGACUUCUGUCUCUCAUUGGUUCCUUGACAGAAUCCAUCACCUCGGAGCCCCUCCCACUCCAGAAGAGCCAGUCUCUGCUCGACCCCACUCCACAACCAGUCACCCCUGCACCGUUUCCCCUGGCAACCAGCACCCAGGUGCCAUCCUUGACCCCUGGGGCCACCCAAAGGUCAGGCGAACGCUCCCUUCCUCCUUAUCAAAAACCAGGCCCCUCCCACAGCCUGCUCCCCUCCAGUGGCUCCUCCUCCACUGUGAGUCUAUCUACAAAGCACCAACACUCUGGCAUGAAACUCCACCACAGUGGCUCAACCACAACACAUCAACUUCCAAUCAUGGAGCAGCAGGAUCAGGUGGAGGAAGAGGAGGCUGUUGUGAAGAGUUGUAGGAAGGCUAAAAGGAAGAGUUCUGUGCGGACCCCCCAGGAUAAUGAUAUCACCUGGGAGGAAGAAGAUAUGCAGAAGAACCGCAGCCCGCCCUCCUGGAUGUUUGAAACUCAGGAGAUUCCCAGGAUUGGGGAGGGAAGCAGCUGCAAACAGAAGGCAGUUGCUGCAAUAGCCCCCCAGAGGCCCUCCAAUGUAAGGGCGACCAAUUUUCAACCAAGAAAUAGGAUAUAUAUUGACCAUUUAGUGGAAUUUGGAACCUGUCCAUUUUGUUAGACUGGUGUGAAGUAAAUUAUCUGUCUUGCUCUUUCAGGUUCACAGUGAUGGCACUUCGUUCUCAUAUUCUUAUCAGCUGUGUGGCCGCAUUUCGAAGGAUCUAAGCUAUUUAAAGUGAGUAAGCCGUGUGUGUGUGUGUGUGCGUAUGUACAGUGGGGAAAAAAAGUAUUUAGUCAGCCCCCAAUUGUGCAAGUUCUCCCACUUAAAAAGAUGAGAGAGGCCUGUAAUUUUGAUCAUAGGUACACGUCAACUAUGACAGACAAAAUGAGAAAAAAAAAUCCAGAAAAUCACAUUGUAGGAUUUUUUAUGAAUUUAUUUGCAAAUUAUGGUGGAAAAUAAGUAUUUGGUCAAUAACAAAAGUUUCUCAAUACUUUGUUAUAUACCCUUAGUUGGCAAUGACACAGGUCAAACGUUUUCUGUAAGUCUUCACAAGGUUUUCACACACUGUUGCUGGUAUUUUGGCCCAUUCCUCCAUGCAGAUCUCCUCUAGAGCAGUGAUGUUUUGGGGCUGUCGCUGGGCAACACGGACUUUCAACAACCAAAGAUUUUCUAUGGGGUUGAGAUCUGGAGACUGGCUAGGCCACUCCAGGACCUUGAAAUGCUUCUUACGAAGCCACUCCUUCGUUGCCUGGGCGGUGUGUUUGGGAUCAUUGUCAUGCAGAAAGACCCAGCCACGUUUGAUCUUCAAUGCCCUUGCUGAUGGAAGGAGGUUUUCACUCAAAAUCUCACGAUACAUGGCCCCAUUCAUUCUUUCCUUUACACGGAUCAGUCGUCCUGGUCCCUUUGCAGAAAAACUGCCCCAAAGCAUGAUGUUUCCACCCCCAUGCUUCACAGUAGGUAUGGUGUUCUUUGGAUGCAACUCAGCAUUCUUUGUCCUCCAAACACGACGAGUUGAGUUUUUACCAAAAAGUUCUAUUUUGGUUUCAUCUGACCAUAUGACAUUCUCCCAAUCCUCUUCUGGAUCAUCCAAAUGCACUCUAGCAAACUUCAGACGGGCCUGGACAUGUACUGUCUUAAGCAGGGGGACACGUCUGGCACUGCAGGAUUUGAGUAGUGUGUUACUGAUGGUAGGCUUUGUUACUUUGGUCCCAGCUCUCUGCAGGUCAUUCACUAGUUCCCCCCGUGUGGUUCUGGGAUUUUUGCUCACCGUUCUUGUGAUCAUUUUGACCCCACGGGGUGAGAUCUUGCGUGGAGCCCCAGAUCGAGGGAGAUUAUCAGUGGUCUUCCAUUUCCUAAUAAUUGCUCCCACAGUUGAUUUCUUCAAACCAAGCUGCUUACCUAUUGCAGAUUCAGUCUUCCCAGCCUGGUGCAUGUCUACAAUUUUGUUUCUGGUGUCCUUUGACAGCUCUUUGGUCUUGGCCAUAGUGGAGUUUGGAGUGUGACUGUUUGAGGUUGUGGACAGGUGUCUUUUAUACUGAUAACAAGUUCAAACAGGUGCCAUUAAUACAGGUAACGAGUGGAGGACAGAGGAGCCUCUUAAAGAAGAAGUUACAGGUCUGUGAGAGCCAGAGAUCUUGCUUGUUUGUAGGUGACCAAAUACUUAUUUUCCACCAUAAUUUGCAAAUAAAUUCAUAAAAAAUCCUACAAUGUGAUUUUUGUACAAUGCUUAACUGUGUGUGUGUAUCCUGCAGGAUUCCUGAUGGCAUGUUGCACUGGGCUGUACGGUACCUGGUCCCUUCCAUGCAGACGGAUGUUGUCAAGGAUACACAGCUGCGACCCCAGGCUCACCCCAGCUGA